UCACCUGCUGUCAUCGAAUUUCAUCUGUUAUCGUCUAUUUUCAUCCGUUAACACCAAUCCAGCCCAAGGAAAGAGCUGAGACAGAGGGACGGAGGUCGGCUGUCUUGAGUUUGGUCCUUGCCGUGGAAACCUGCCGUUGGUUACCGUGGAAACUGCAUCCUGGUUGUUACAACACCGCAACUCGGAUCGAGGCUUUUUCCCUCUAAGCUGGAUCGUCGCUGGUGUUAAGACUGGAUUCCGCCUGACUUUGAGGACUCUUGAGCUGUUGUACCAAAACCUGUGAUCAGCCUGCCACGUACCCGAGGCCCAGCUGUCCAGAGCCCACGUCCACCGGUAGUCUCACAUCACUGUGGUCUAGGGGGAUUUUUAUAAACGUUUUUUUUUUUUUUGUGAUUUACUGAGCACCUGAAUGCCCCAAGACUACCCUGUAGCAGCUGGUGGUGCUGCAGUUCCUCCUCCAGCCUGCAGGGCGGCGGACGGCAGCCGGGCGCUGGAGAGACGGAGCCUUGGGAUGAGCGAGUUCUGGCACAAGAUGGGCUGCUGCGUAGUGGCCAAGCCCCCACCGAAGAAGAAGAGGAGGAAGAUAGACCGCACUAUGAUCGGGGAGCCCACCAACUUCAUACACCUCACACACAUUGGCUCUGGAGAGAUGGCCGAGGGACUACCACCGUCAGGGUCUGUGCAGGAGCAGAUGAGGUCAAAAGGUCCCAGCAUAAAUGGAAGAAACAGCCUCUUAUAGCCGAAUUCCGGGUGGUUUGAUACAAGCCUUCAUCUUCCUUCUGAGGAAGAGACCACACACCCCGACACACCUCCACCCAACCCCAACAGCAGCAUGAACACCUCCGGUCUAACACACACACAGCUCUCUGGAUCACCCACCGGACCGGACCGGACCGGACCACCCUGCCUUCAUCCCCAGUCAUCCCAGUUUAUCUGCCUGUCUCCUUCCCGCCUCCAGGGGGCACUGCUCUGUGUGGCAAUAAAACGAGUCAUCCCACUGGCAUUUACUGGAGAAAAACUUUGGAUCCAACGGCUCUUAAUCAGAGGGACUGUUGGGAUCCCAUCCAGCUCCCAUCCACCCGUCCCCUUCAAUCUGAGUUUACCUUCCAGAAAACCCAGUCAGCUGACUGCCAACUCCACCCGAGCCCGGACCGGCGUCACAUCCGUCAACCUCCACACAUCCACAACCAGUCUGACACUGGUUGUCACUUUUUUGUUGUUGUUGUUGUUGGUGGGUUUUUUUUCUUUUUUUGCUUGUAGUUUUUAAUCCACAAUAACGUUUCAGUCAUUUCUGCGACCCACAACACUUUCUGCUUAAGAUCAGCCCAAAAUUCGUCCUGACGGAAAAGUCGAACGAACAAACAAAAACAAACGAACGAACGAACGAACAAAAUGAGCUCAUGUGAGGACGGUGAGAUUAUUCUGGGUUUCUGUCUAAGAGGCUGACGCAACGUAGAGACUUCAACUCCCACAAUCCCUUUCCACCCCCAUGUUUCUUUCAGGUUGCCCAGCUCAGCCUACGAUUGAGACUGGAGGCAAGGCCUGGCGUAAAGGACCCCCCCCCCCCGGUCAGGAUUGGUUGGAUUUGGUUGGUUGGGGGGGUGUUGUCACUGCGCUUUAUUUCCCACAUCUCGACCAGCGGCUGGUGAAUGAUUAAUAACUCCUGUUUUAGAAGUGGGAAAGUCCCUGGACUGCUGCCCUGUUCUAGAGACCAGACCAUGUGUGUGUGUGUGGGGGGGGGGGAUUUUGAUUUCUCAUUACCUUGACGUGGUGGUUUUAGUUUUCCAAACAGUUUUAAAAUGCCAAACCCGUAUUAGAGCCGUGUGUUGGCCGUAGCGUGUCUGAGCGCUGGCCAGGUGAUGAUUCACCAGCCUCGGCCAUGUCUGGCGGUGUGUACUACAUCACAGCAGACUGCCGUAGGAAAUAGUCACACCCUUAUCAGAAGCCUGUUUAGACUGAAGUACAAGUAUGUCACUUCUCUGAAUGACCGCUUCAUUCACCUGAGGAAAAAAAACAAAACUCGUUCUAGCCGCGUCCGUUAGCGUUUAGCCGACGGGCCGAUUUGUGGCUCAAGUGUCACCUGAUCAGACAAACAUGACACGUGACUAGCUUCCUCUCCUGUUUAACCAUUUCAUUUGUCAAAUUUAGUAAAGACAACCUCAUCAAACAACUCCGAUAAAUAUGAAAUAUACACAGAUACACUAACUUACUAAACAUUUAAUUUAUUCAUACUAGAUCAAAUUCAUUUAAAUGUCAGCUGUAAAGAAAAAGUUUAAAAACUGAAGAUGUGUCAACUCAUUUCAUCAUUUCAUGUUCAUUAUUUUUAUUUACAGCCUGAGAUCUGACAGAAGCCCCGCCUCCUUCCUCCUCUCAGCCAAUGAGCUCUGCAGUUGUUCAAAACGUCUCGUGAAUGGGAGAGGGUCAGUAAUGUCUUGGCCACAUCAGAGGGCAGCUCAGGUGGGCUGGCUUUGGGUUAGGCGUGAUUUAUGGUUCUGUCCCAGACAGCAUCCGGAUGUGGGCCAUUUCAGGCACUGAUGCAGCACCGAUGGCCUUCUUCUGGCCCUGACAAAAUGGAUGUGAGCCUGAAGUGGCAGACAUGUAUAAUAGCAAAUACGGCCCAAAUAUGCCAAAUCAAAUGUGGGCCUUUUUUUGAUAAAGAUGUGGUGCUCUCGGCAACAUGUGAUCUGGAUGUGACCCUGAAGUGGCCCGUGUGGUAAAUGGCGAAUAUGGCCCAAAUGUCACAAAACAAAUAGGGGCCACCUUUAAUAUGUGGCACAUGCGGCAUUGCUAUUGGCUUGGUUCUGGCCCAGAUCUGGCAAACAGGAAGCAGACCGCCCAAGUGCCAUCAUUCCACGUGGUAUGCGGGCCGGAUGAUACUGUCGGGUGUGGGACGGGUCCGGGCCACAGCAAUGUUGCUAUCUGGGGUGUGAAGCUGGCCUCAUAGCCUUUGUUCACCUCCUCAAAGAUGUACACGUGUGUGAGGCUAUAUGGACGCCACAAGAGCUGUGACUUGGUUUGCUUUGGCCGCUCACCCAACCCAAUUUCUGGUACUGUCACCCGGCAGCUCAUCCGUCUCUUGCUUUUGGCGCACAAACACGGAAAACUCCCCGCCCUCCUUUAACGUGUUCCGUGGUCUGCAGGCCCUCUCCCCUUCCAACAUAAUUUGGUCCUCCUCAAUAGUGCCGACAAAACGGGCUCUUUUUACUCAUCUACCAAUGGAAAUGGCCUUGCGAGAUGAUCUUAUUUCCGCAUCCACAACGCUGCCAUGUGGUGUGCUGUGUUGCUAUGAUGUGGGCACCACAGAACCCCACCAUCACUCCAACGCAGAACCACGAGUCACGCCUUAGGGUUAGGGCUAGGAGGCGUACAUGCUCCCAGUUUCUAAUAUCCGUAACAGCUCUCGGAGCACUGACACGCUUUGCUUUCCAUCUUUCUAUUUGUUAGCGUUAAGCUCCACCCCCCUCAUAGCACACAACGUGUCAUUGGUUGAAAGAGUGAACAAGGCGGGGCUUAUGUCUGACGUAAGUGAACUAGUGACUACUAAAGGUUGGACUCAGUAUUCCAAUUAAUCCCUGAGCUUCACCAUCGGAAUGUUUUCUGUAAUGUAAUUCUAUUUGUUUUUCAGUUUUUGCUGUUGUUGUUUUUUUAUUCCAUUUUUUUUUGUGGGCUUUGGGCCCCAAAGCGGGUCAUGUGCCAACCUGUUUUGGGGUCCCUGUGACGGGACCAGAUAGCAGGACGUUUUAGGGAGUCUGGGUCCGAAAGCCUAAGUCGGAAUUGUUGUUUAUUGUGUCACGGUCUCAAAUCCAAAGAGUCCACUAUACCCCUUUCGUCCAGUGUUCUGGCCGUGACACAGGCGUUCUCCUGUUCAAAGACUUGUUAUUGGUUUCGCUGUCAUUCAGUAGCGUCGAGCAAAUGUUGAUCUGGAUUUGUGUUCUGAGUGUUCCACCCUCCAUUUUCUCUCCGGUUAUUUAACUGUGACCGUCGUGUUCCGCGGUUGCCGUGGAAACCGAUGAGUCACGGCGUGCCCUCUUGCCGCGGCAACCGGCCACUUCCCGCCCCGCCCCGCCCCGGCCGAGUCCG